ACCUAAACACCCUGACAGACGCGUCGAGCCCCGAAAGAGAACGAGUUUGAUUUAUUUGGCUCCAACCAAAAAAAAAAAACAACACCCGCAACCGCAGCGAGGACGCGGCGACGCCCGUGUGCACCGCAGACCUGCUGCCCCGCGUUGUGUGCGUGAGUCCCGCGUGAUGCUGUGAACGCUUGUUCCCGAGCGACUGUUCCUGCGGCCGCGGACACUUCCUGCUGCUGGAUUUUAACUCUGCUGCUCCGGGAGCUGCGGCGCCAGAGGAAGAGGAGAAAACAACAAGUUCCUUGGAUCGGUCCCCUGACCCGUCAAGCUGCAGCAUCGGGGGAAACCGAACCAGUGGCCGGAGCUGGGUGGAGCAGUGACCGCCUGCAGCAUGAUGUCCUACCUCAAGCAGCCCCCGUACGGCGUCAACGGCCUCGGGCUCAGCGGCGCGGCCAUGGACCUGCUGCACCCGUCAGUGGGCUACCCAGCGACGCCCCGGAAGCAGCGGCGGGAGCGAACCACCUUCACCCGCUCGCAGCUCGACAUCCUGGAGUCUCUGUUCGCUAAGACCCGGUACCCGGACAUCUUCAUGCGGGAGGAGGUGGCGCUGAAGAUCAACCUGCCGGAGUCCCGCGUGCAGGUGUGGUUCAAGAACCGGAGGGCCAAGUGUCGCCAGCAGCAGCAGAGCGGCAGCAGUGCCAAGGCCCGGCCGCCCAAGAAGAAGUCCUCCCCGGCCCGGGAGAGCACCGGGUCCGAGAGCAGCGGGCAGUUCACGCCUCCGGCCGUCUCCAGCACCGGCUCCUCCUCCUCCUCGUCCUCCACCACCAACCACACGGGCCCGGUGGCGCUCAGCAGCACCUCUACCUCCAUCAGCACCGUCUCCUCCAUCUGGAGCCCGGCCAUCUCCCCAGGAAACGCUCCUGCUCCCGCCGUGGCCCCGCUGCCGGACCCCGGACCCCCGUCCAACGCCUCCUGCAUGCAGCGCUCCAUGUCGGGCUCGGCCGCCGCAGCCACCUCCUACCCGAUGUCCUACAACCAGACGCCGGGCUACGGCCAGGGCUACCCGGCCCCGUCCGGCUCCUACUUCAGCGGCGUGGACUGCGGAUCCUACCUGGCCCCCAUGCACUCUCACCACCACCCCCACCAGCUCAGCCCCAUGGCGGCCUCCUCCAUGUCGGGCCACCCUCACCACCACAUCAGCCAGUCGUCAGGCCACCACCACCACCACCACCACCACCAGGCCUACGGCGGCUCCGGCCUGGCCUUCAACUCCUCCGACUGCCUGGAUUACAAAGAGCAGACUGCAGCCUCCUCGUGGAAGCUCAACUUUAACGCCACAGACUGCUUGGACUACAAAGACCAGGCCUCCUGGAGGUUCCAGGUCUUGUGAUCUUGUGUUUUUUUCCUCCCUCUCCCCCCCCCCUACUCGCCUGCUCCCUCUUUCAUUCUCCACAUUCAGUGAACUGCUCGUUUUUUAAAAGACAAAAAGAGUUUAUGAACCAUAAGACGACGAGACGGCUCAGCAAACCGGACUUUGUUUUAUUUCUCCUCCUCCCUCUCGUCCUCCACGUCUUUUUAAACAUGAAAAAUAUAUUACAAAAAAAGCAGAGCA